CGGUACUUUUUAGCUGCAAAAGAGGGAGCAAAUCAACGGAAGGGGGAAGGGCAAGUGGUUUUCUUCGUCCAAAAUUGGAAUUUUUGAAGCUGGUUGGAGUUAUUUAGAAGAAGAAACGGAAGGAGUGUGGCAAUUGACGAAGAAAAAGUGGGCGAAGUACAGAAGAGCAAGAAAAGAGUUUCAUUUGGCGUUGAAAGAGAGAGGAAGAUAGAGAAAAACAAGGAAAUUUUUUCCUGGUGAUAUCAAUCAAAACAAGUAUGGGUGGAGACGAUCUGUAUGAGGAGCUAUGGAGGGCGUGCGCAGGGCCGCUUGUGGAGAUACCUCGCGUUGAGGAUAGGGUUUACUAUUUCCCUCAAGGUCACAUGGAGCAGCUAGAGGCAUCGACGAAUCAGGAGUUGGAUCAUAGAAUUCCUCUCUUCAGCCUUCCCUACAAGAUUCUUUGUCGUGUUUUGCACAUAGAGCUCAGGGCGGAGGUUGAAACUGAUGAGGUUUACGCACAGAUCACUUUACUUCCAGAGGCAGAACAAACCGAACUCAAAACACCAGACCCAUGCGUCCCUGAGCCAAAGAGGCCGAUGAUCAACUCAUUUUGCAAGAUCUUGACUGCCUCCGACACGAGCACUCAUGGAGGAUUCUCAGUUCUCCGUCGCCAUGCUAAUGACUGUAUUCCUCAACUGGAUAUGUCUCAGCCAACACCAACCCAGGAGCUGUCUGCAAAAGACCUCCAUGGUUUGGAAUGGCGAUUCAAGCACAUUUAUAGAGGUCAACCCCGGCGGCAUCUGCUCACAACAGGAUGGAGUACCUUUGUCUCCUGUAAGAGAUUGGUGGCUGGUGAUGCAUUUGUUUUCCUGAGAGGAGAAAAUGGAGAAUUGAGGGUUGGUGUUAAGCGCCUAGCUCAACAAAAGAGCACUAUUCCAUCAUCUGUGAUCUCAAGUCAUAGCAUGCACAUUGGUGUUCUUGCUACAGCUUCUCAUGCUGUGAAAACUCAUACCCGUUUCACAGUCUGCUACAAGCCAAGGACUAGUCAAUUUAUCAUUGGCGCAAAUAAAUACUUUGAAUCUGUCAAAAAUGAACUUUCCAUUGGAAUGAAAUUCAAGAUGAGAUUCGAGGGCGAUGAUGUUCCUGAGAAAAGGUAUACUGGAACUAUAGUUAGCUUGGGAGAUCUAUCUUCUCAGUGGGAAGGCUCCAAGUGGAAACAAUUGAAGGUUCAUUGGGACGAGCAGAUGAACUUUCAGCGACCUGAUAGGGUUUCUCCAUGGGAGAUUGAGCCUUGCAGUUCUUCGACGCCCACUGUCGCAACGAACAAGAGGCCUAGGUUCUUGAUGGAUCAAUCAGAUUCUCUACCAUUAGAAACCUCUGCCUCUUUUCGGCACUCUGGCGCAAUGCAUUCGCAGAGCUAUGAGAGGAAAUUUCAGCAUAAUGGAGUUCUUAAUGGCUUCUUGAAGCAAAAUUCUGCAUUGAUGAAUUCUAAGCCUUUGUCCUCGGCUUCAAGUGCUUCUCUGAAAUCAUUUCUGGAGAUAAAUCAAGUGAAGAAAGCUGCUACUCCUAAAAGGCAAUGCAUCCUUGGCUAUGUGGUUGAGGAUCAGAAACUAAACCAUUGUAAAGACAAGGAUGAAUGUAAGAAGCCUGAGAUUGGUGCCCCUUACCGCCUUUUUGGGAUUGAUUUAAGCAAACCCUCUGGUUUUUCAUCUCUUUCUGAGAAGAACCCGAGCAGUGAAACCACAGAGGAGCCAUUAUAUCAACAUUCUGAACAAAAAAUUUCAACCAAAUUGCAUAAAACUGAACUGGUUUCUCCCAAGGAGAUUCAGAGCAAGCACAGCGGUUCGACCCGAAGCCGAAUUAAGGUUCACAUGCACGGCGUUGCUGUUGGUAGAGCUGUGGAUCUAAUGAAUCUAAGAGGGUAUGAUGAGCUGAUUUCAGAGCUAGAAAAGAUGUUUGAGAUCAAAGGAGAGCUUUCUCCAAGGGAUAAAUGGGAGGUAGUGUUCACUGAUGAUGAGGGUGAUAUAAUGCUAGUUGGUGACGAUCCAUGGCUGGAAUUUUGUGAUAUGGUGAGAAAGAUGUAUAUCUACCCAAGCGAGGAGGUCAAGAAGUUGAAGCAAUAGAAGAUAAGGCUUCGUUUGGGACAGCUUUCUUAUUGCAUUAUUUUUCAGACAAGAAACACUGUUUUUGUUUGGCACUGUUUCUUAACCGUUUCUAAUAAGUUUUUGUGCCAGAAGCUAUUUUCUAUAGUAGCUUUCCAUAGCAAUUUUACAAUCACUUUUAUAAAAAGCAGUAGCCAUCACAAACGGACUAUAAACUAAAUGACUAGCUGCUCGAUUUAGUUUAGUGGGAAACAACAAGUGGGCUUCCUCCUGUCGGACUCUCCGUUCCCGCGGCGGAACCGUCGCCCAGCUCAGCCACAGCUCUGGCCAGCCCUAACACACCUGAAGCUAUAAGGCUUUGAGCCACUGCUCUCUCUCUUGUUGCGCCAGCUGCAACAAUUUGUGACAAAGAAAGUUGUAUAAAUUUAUAGCAUAAUUGAUGUAAAUUAGAAAACUGUGGGAUUUUGUUUUAUUGAGUUUAUAUAGGGAUGAUUUUGGAAAAAAAAAAUAAUUUCAAUGGGUGUAAAGAAUAAUUUUGAGAAAAAAAAAGGUCCUUGUGGACAUUUCUGAGAUUUUUAAAA